AUGGAGAAAGAUUGGCGAGGUCGACCAGAGGAGACCGAUGUGCUCGCGAUUUGCCGCGAACUGUCGUCGUACGUGGCCUCGUCGGAUCGAAAUGUGAAUGUUGCAAGGAAUAUUAUACAGAAGAUUUUCAAGAAUAAAACAAUAGAUAUGUGCUCGAUUGUGCCGAAUCAGGCGAGUUUUGCUGAUGGGCGGUACAAUGCGAUUUUCGAUCUUGUCAAUGGAUAUUCGCCGUUUUUCGAGACUGUCGUCGAUGAUGAUGGAUUGUGCGACGAGCUUUGGAAUAGUGUUUUGGAGCAAUGCGAAUCGACGUGUGUUAAUCCCGAAGAGUCGAAAGAUUCGGUUCUGAUGAAUUCUGUGUCAACAUAUGUCACCAAAUUGCUGCCCUGCGAUGAAUCGGUGUUGAAUAUGACGCAGAGGAGCAGUUCGAAAUCGCAGCAUAUUAUCAAAACUCCGCUGCAGCUAUUCCGACCCUCGAGUCCGCUAGUAAAUCGCAUUGAAAUUGGAAACCCCGACGAGAUGGUCGUUUCAUCGAAUGCGAACCUACAGCCGAGAUAUGUUAACGUUUUUUGCAGUCUGGUUAAGAAAACGUGCUCGACGGCCUCAUUUCCGUCGCCGAAUCGCCUUCUUUUGCUAAGGUACCUAUUGAAGCAAUUUCAUGUAUUUUGUCUAUUUGAAACGAAUGAUGAGUACAUUGACACAUUAAAAAAUGCAAUGAUGCUCCAGCCUCCUUUUAUGAAUCAGUUGUACGCGUUUUUCCAAACCUGCCUUCAUCAUUGCCCGACGGCAUCGUCUUUUAAAGAUAUAACAGCUUGCUGGUUGACGUACUGUAGGCCUUGGCGAUAUUACAACAUGGCCAAUCCGUCAGAUAUUCCGCCGAUUAGCAAAUUUAUUCCGUUCGCGAAAAAGAAUUUCGAUUUUUAUCGCACACUUCUUGGAAAAAUUAUUAAAAAAUUUUCGUGCUUCAAUUUGACUAUUGAGCUCACUGGCACACUUCGAUCGAUUGUUGAAUUCUCGUGGAAAGAGCCGAAUUGUAUUCUGCUACGCAAUUUGGGGCUUAACGUGCAGCCGCAUAUCGUCGCCCUUCUGAAAGACAUAAAAAAUGUGGUUGUGAUUCAGAAUGAGAUUAUCCGAAAAGAGAAAAUGGAAAAUAGCAGCUUCAUUAAUACGAUUUUUGGCUUAAGCUCAACAGAGAAAACGGAAAAAGGAAGCCAACUGAUCGGAAUAGUUGAAUCUCUACUAGCAGAUUGCGAUAAAUACCUGGCGACAAGGCUAAUGCCCGAAUUGCUCGCGGAGAUUGAAGAGCACGACAAGAGCAAUGCCGAAUUGAAUAAGACUUGCAUGUCGACAAUUCUCACUGAGACUCCAAAAUCCGCGCUUCCUGAUCAUUACAUAGAUGGACGAACGAAUUUGAUGAUUUUGACGCCGAAUGGAAAACGACAAGUGAUUAAUGGCGAAAGGAAAUUCGAUUUCUCAAAAAGCGCCCGCCAGACCACCUGGCAUACGAUUAGCCAACUCGAGUUCGCACCAAUGGUUUUGUUGAUGAAUUACGCGGCGGAGAACGCCAACCGUAUGCCGAUUGUGCAGAAACUCGCCGCGAAGUACACGGAGCCGACGUUUGCAGGAAAACUGGCGAGAUUAUUGAUGUAUCCGCCAGUGCCGAAUCCAGAUCCGAAUGCGGCGUCGCCGAUUGCGACGAGAGUUCGACGCCGCACGCCGCCAAUGUUGAAAUUGAGGGUGUUCGCCAAUGCAAUCACACUCGGCUUGUUCUGCUUUUUGUUUUUGGCUCACCUAUUCGGUCGCUGGUUCGUCGCGCCCGCCCUUUUAUUCAGUUUUGUGUUUCUGAUUGUCGCCGCCGCGGUCGACUCGGAAUCGAUGGGGAAAGAGGAAGAGAUUGAGAAGGAGAGGAAGCCGUGGGAAAGCGAUGAAUCGUGGGAAUUGAGAAGAGCAUUCCUCGCCGCUCAUUAUGAUGAUUAUCCGAGAACUCAAUUACAAUGUCUUUCACAACUUUUUAUAAAUGUUAACCUACUCGGAUGCGAAUAUAGCGAGAGUCUCAUGGAGAAAAUCAAUGAGCUUGGCCGGGGAAUUCGACCAAAUAAGGCAACCACAAAAUCGGGAGCGUACGUGAAGGCGUCGUCGGCUAAAAAGCGACAAGCGGUGACGGCGUCAGAUUAUGAGGAAAAUACGAAAAAAUCAAAAGACGCUACUUUCAAUUUUGAAUUGGUCAAUGAAAAAUUGGGAAAAUUGAAAGCGUAUUUGACAGCGACGCCUCAUCAUUUGAGCGGCGAACAGAUGCUGAGAAGCGCAGCGGGAAAUUGCCAUAUGCGGUGGCACGUGAAGCAAGUGGGAACAAAAAUUGAAAUCCUCAUUGAUCGCUAUGUCGCUCUUCGUCAUUCAUUUUCGCAAUAUUGCGUUGAUGCUCGAGAUAACGCCAUCAACUCGCUUAUUGAAAAUUUUCUCUCAUGCACCCCGUCAUUGAAUGAAAAUGAGAUUUGGUUUGAUGGCGUUCAACCGGGUGAUUGUUAUGCUCAGACUAUGAAUAGAAGCUUCGCCAAGAUUAAAAAGACAGUACAUGGGCAGAAGGAUUAUAAAGGUUUAGCAAAAAGCUUGGAAUGUGUGAAUUUGAGCAUCGUGCAGAAUACCAAGAAGCUGCAGGGUUGGUCGCAGCAAUUUGAUCUUGUUGCUGGCGAUUGUCUACUGGCCACUCGGCUUUUGUCGCGCGAAGAAUGCACACGCCCGAAAAUGGCGAAAAUCGCUGACGAAAUGGCGUCGCAGAUUUGUCGCAAAAUUGCGGACUCGAUGAAAAUUGUUGCCGUCGAGAAAACGCACACAUCGCUUGCCUUUGAGGACUGUUAA